GGGUUAAUAAUUAAGGUCUUCGGACCUUAUUAGGUAGUUAGUUACGUGGGUGUCCCACUAACUAGGACUAAAGGCUAGUAGUUCCGUAUUUUAAUAUCUACGCCGAUAUCGCUCCCACAAUCAAUCACCGCAGUUUGCUAUCAUCGACUCAUCGCUGGGCGGCCGAAAACCUCGAACCAUGCGAUUAUAGCCACCGAACCUCGCCCUUCCUAGCAAUCGUUCAUUGCCUCUAGUUGUCUAUACGUGAACAACGAGGCCGAUUUCCCGUGUGCAUUCGCAAUGGUCGACUCGAGCAGUACCGGACCGGAGCGUGUGUCCAUCCUCGGGAAGCCAAACAUAGUGAUUGAUGAUGGACUAUGGCUCAACUAUGUGGCGAGGGACCUUCUCGACAACGUAACCUCAUCCACAUACGUUGUGAUAACCGAUACGAAUUUAUUCGAUUCCUAUGUGCCACCAUUUGUGCAAAGCUUCAACCACGAGCCCGGGGCGGAAGCCGCACGAUUGCUCACCUACGCCAUUCCACCUGGUGAGGCGUCGAAGACUCGAGAAACGAAAGCGGAAAUCGAAGAUUGGUUACUCUCGGAGCAAUGCACGCGAGACACUGUCAUUAUCGCCCUCGGUGGUGGCGUCAUUGGUGACAUGAUUGGAUAUGUCGCCGCAACUUUCAUGCGAGGUGUACGAUUCAUCCAGGUACCGACGACUUUGCUGGCUAUGGUGGAUUCAUCCAUUGGUGGCAAGACCGCCAUUGACACGCCGAUGGGGAAAAAUCUUGUUGGUGCUUUCUGGCAGCCAGAACGCAUAUACAUCGACCUUGCUUUCCUGCAGACUCUCCCUGCUAGAGAGUUCAUUAAUGGCAUGGCUGAGGUGAUCAAGACUGCAGCUAUCUGGGACCACGACGAAUUCGCGACAUUGGAGCUGAACGCCCCCAAUAUUUUGUCUUGUGUUCGCGCAGAAGGUGUUGGUCGACUCAACCCAAUCAAAGAUGUGUUGCGACGCAUCAUCAGCGGCUCUGCCCGGGUCAAAGCCGAAGUGGUUUCUAGCGACGAGCGGGAGGGCGGCUUACGCAAUCUUCUCAAUUUCGGACACUCUAUCGGACAUGCCAUAGAAGCCAUAUUGACCCCUCAGCUCCUGCAUGGAGAAGCUGUGGCUAUUGGUAUGGUAAAGGAGGCUGAGUUGGCUCGGUUUCUCGGAGUACUUCGACCAGGCGCCGUCUCGCGCCUCGCCAAGUGCAUUGCCAGCUUUGACCUCCCAACAUCUCUAGAAGACAAACGAGUCAUCAAGCUGACGGCCGGGAAAAAAUGCCCCGUGGAUGUGCUGCUGAAGAAGAUGGCGGUCGACAAGAAAAACGAAGGCAAGCUCAAGAAAAUCGUCUUGCUUUCGGCAAUCGGAAAAACCCAUGAGCAGAAAGCCAGCGUUGUUGAGGAUCGAUGCAUCAGAUUAGUGUUGUCUUCAUCUGUCGUCGUACAACCCGGUGUUCCCCGUGACCUCGAUGUCACUGUGACACCCCCUGGGUCCAAGAGCAUCUCCAAUCGCGCUUUGGUGCUCGCAGCGCUGGGGCGAGGCCAAUGUCGUAUUAAGAAUCUCUUGCAUUCUGAUGACACCCAGUACAUGCUUUCGGCAGUCGGUGAACUCGGGGGAGCUUCCUACUCCUGGCAGGACGCUGGGGAGGUACUCGUGGUGGAUGGCAAAGGGGGCAAUUUGCAGGCCAGUAACAACGAAAUUUACAUCGGAAACGCUGGCACAGCAUCCCGCUUCCUCACCACUGUGGUCGCCUUAUGCUCACCAACUGACACCGCCACGGCUACUGUACUUACAGGCAAUGCGCGGAUGAAGCUUCGACCCAUCGGGUCCUUGGUCGAGGCUCUCAGGGGGAAUGGAGUGGACAUUACCUACCUUGAGAAAGAGUCAAGUCUGCCGCUACGUGUUGGUGCAUUAGGCGGGUUUGAGGGCGGCGACAUAGAACUUGCCGCUACCAUUUCGUCCCAAUAUGUGUCUUCCAUUCUGAUGGCAGCGCCUUACGCCAAAAAACCUGUCACAUUACGGCUGGUAGGAGGCAAGCCCAUAUCACAGCUGUACAUCGACAUGACGAUUGCCAUGAUGGCUUCAUUUGGUAUUACGGUCACCAGGUCGAGUGAAAGCCCCCAUACCUACCACAUUCCGAAGGGCACCUACACCAACCCGGCCGAGUACACCAUUGAGAGCGACGCCAGUUCAGCAACCUAUCCCCUCGCCGUUGCUGCCAUCACCGGUACUACAUGUACGGUACCUAACAUCGGUUCGAAAUCCCUACAGGGAGAUGCACGCUUUGCAGUGGAUGUUCUCCGCCCUAUGGGCUGCGCUGUCGAACAGACUGAUUACUCAACCACCGUGACAGGGCCUGCUCCGGGUCAACUACAGGCACUCCCCCAGAUCGAUAUGGAGCCUAUGACAGAUGCCUUUCUCACAGCCUCCGUUCUCGCCGCAGUCGCCUCUGGCACCACUCAGAUCACAGGCAUCGCGAAUCAGCGUGUCAAGGAAUGCAAUCGCAUUGCAGCGAUGAAAGAUCAGCUUGCAAAGUUUGCGGUACAAUGCAAUGAACUUGAAGAUGGGAUACAGAUCGUAGGUCGACCAAUUUCAGAUCUGCAGAAGCCAUCCAGCCAAGUAUACUGCUAUGAUGAUCAUCGAGUUGCCAUGUGCUUCAGCGUACUAUCAGUUGCAGUACCCGAGAUCACUACAGUCAGUGAGCGCGAGUGUGUUGGAAAAACGUGGCCAGGGUGGUGGGAUGUGUUGUCUCAGUCUUUCGGGGUUCGCCUCGACGGCUCCGACCCCGAUGAAACUCUCCAUCAGCCACUGAGCCUUGACAAGGCGAAGGAUCGGUCCAUAUUCAUAGUCGGCAUGAGGGGCGCAGGCAAGACGACUGCGGGGCGCCAAAUGGCUCGCAUGCUGCAACGCACCUUUGUGGAUUUAGAUCAAGAGCUGGAAAGGCGCUCGGGAGCGACGAUUCCAGAAAUCAUCAACGGGCCUCGUGGGUGGCAAGGUUUCCGUCAGGACGAGCUCGCAUUGCUUCGCGACGUUAUGGAGAAUCAGCCAGAAGGUCAUGUGUUCUCCUGCGGGGGCGGCAUCGUUGAAAUAAGCGAAGCAAGAGAGUUGCUCAAGGCAUAUGGUGCUAAAGGAGGCCUUGUCAUCCUGGUUCACCGCAAUACCGACCAAGUUGUGGAUUACCUCAUGCAAGACAAGACGCGGCCAGCCUACACCACUGAGAUCAGACAAGUUUACGAGCGUCGCAGACCCUGGUACAACGAGUGCAGCAAUUACCUUUACUAUAGCCCGCAUGCGCAUAGCACGGCGUCGCAGCGAGACAUUCCACCUGACUUCAAACAGUUCUUGGAGCUCAUCGAAGGCAGAAGCGCCCAUUGGGAGGCGAUACGAAACAAGCCUAACAGCUUCUUUGUGUCUUUGACGUCGCCCAACCUUUCCGACUCCCUUCACACACUGCCUCGUGUUGCUGUUGGGUCGGACGCUGUGGAAUUGCGUGUCGAUCUGUUGGACGACCAGACCCAUGAUGGUAUAGUUCAAGCAGUGUCCAUGGUGCGGAAAGCUACAGGCAAACCAAUCAUAUACACAGUUCGUUCUGUUUCGCAAGGCGGUAAAUUCCCUGACAAUGCACAUACCGCGCAGCUUGAGCUUUACCUCCUGGCGUUGCGCUUAGGCGUGGAGUACCUGGAUGUCGAGGUGACACUGCCGCAGAGCGCGCUUGACGUUGUGACUCAGUCGCGCGGUUUCACAAAGCUCAUCGCAUCCCAUCACGAUCCCCAAGGGGUCUUGUCUUGGAGGAAUGCGUCAUGGGUCGCGUUCUACAACCGGGCGCUGCAGUUUGGAGACAUUAUCAAGCUUGUUGGUAGCGCUGGAACCAUUGAAGACAACUACGAUCUAGCCAGGUUCAAGGCUAAGAUGAUGACCGCGCAGAGAACACCGAUCAUCGCCCUGAACAUGGGUAACAUGGGCAAACUGAGCCGCGUUCUCAAUGGCUUCCUCACGCCAGUGUCACACCCCGAGCAACCAACCAAAGCGGCUCCGGGACAACUUUCAGUCACGGAGAUCAACCAAGGAUUAGCUCUGCUGGGUUUGAUGGAGCCCAGGGAUUUCUACUUAUUCGGCAAGCCGAUUGCGGCGUCUCGUUCGCCAGCCUUGCAUAAUACUCUUUUUGAGAGAGCUGGACUUCCUCAUCGCUAUAAGCGCCUAGAGACGGAUGAUGUGGCAGACUUGGAUACGAUCCUCCACAGCCCCACGUUUGGAGGUGCAUCUGUCACGAUUCCUCUCAAGCGAGACGUGAUGGACAGAGUUGACCAGUUGACCGAGGCCGCGCGUACUAUCGGAGCUGUUAACACCGUUAUCCCCAUUGGAAGUGGCGAGCCCAUAGACAAUUGUCGACGGCAGCUUCUAGGUGAUAACACCGACUGGAAAGGCAUGGUGUUUGUUUUACGCACCAACGGAGUCAUCCCCCGCGACAAUGCUGGCGCGGCUAUGGUCAUCGGAGCUGGGGGCACAACAAGAGCAGCCAUCUACGCACUCAACUCGAUGGGCUUCAACCCCAUUCACGUGGUGGCACGAGACCCCAACAAAGUCAAAGCACUGAUUGACGACUUCUCGCCCGAGUACGGAUUGCACAUCCUAUGCGAGCGCUCUGAAGCACAGCGGAUGAGCAGCGGCCCUACAGUCAUCAUCAGCACUAUUCCCGCGGACAAGGAGAUUGACAGCGGUAUGCGAGACAUACUUGGGGUUGGUCUCAACUUCGCCACUGUCACUGGCAGCGCGCCCAGAGUCUUACUCGAGAUGGCUUACAAACCGAGCGUCACUCCAGCAAUGGAAAUGGCUGAAAAUGCUGGGGGUUGGACGACAAUUGCCGGUCUCGAAGUUUUGUCCGCUCAGGGGUGGUACCAGUUCCAGUCUUGGACCGGUAUUUGUCCUCUUUACGCUGAUGCCCGGAAUGCUGUCCUAGGCCUGGACCCCACGUCUAGUUGAGGAUAACUUCUUUAACAUCGCAAACCAAUGGAUUCGACUAGAUCUGUUUUCAAAAGAAUGUCAUCAUGCUCUUCCAGAAGACAGCGUACUUCCGGUGGGGCGGGUCCCUUGCUCCUGAACCAUGUGUGGGGGGUACCGGCGUUGCCUGAAGAAACUCGCAGUUAAUGUAGUGCUGGGUGUUGCAUAAGAGUACCGCUGUGGGUUCAUAACGCUCAAGUGAUCUAUAGCCAUCGAUUUCACGCUGGUCUGAUUCGAAACAAAUUAA